GUUAUCCGGGUCAUUGCAAUAAAGAUGGCAGAGGAAGUACAGGAGUAUUUCAAACUGAUUCUGCCAACGAUUGAGGGUCUAGAGGCCAUUGUCGUUACAGACAAGGAUGGCAUUCCUAUUGCAAAAGCUAGUUCUGGGUCGGUACCACAGCUGGCAUUGAAACCUGCAUUUUUGAGCACAUUUGCUAUGGCGUCUGAACAGGCUAACAAAUUGGGACUGUCACAGAACAAGAGUAUUAUAUGCAUGUAUUCUGGUCAUCAGCUUGUUCAGUUCAACUAUCAUCCAGUUGUGGUAUCAUUGAUUGCUCAAGAGAGUGCAAACACAGGGUCCCUGUUGGCCGUCGAGAACGAAAUUCAACGAGCCCUUGCUGAAUUGAGGAAUGCAGUUGAAUUCUCGUGAAGAGAGAUUUGUUACGAUAUCAUAGUUAUUGGAAAGACAAUUUGAUUUAAGACUCAUUAGUAGCUUAAUGUCUGAGACUGAUUACUGUGACGUGCGAUAAAUAUAACUGUUUGGUACAAUCCGGGGAAUGACAA